GAAACGCCUGCUGCGACCAAACACACAACCCACCCCCCUCCCUCCACCCUCCUCGUCGAAUAAUAGAUCCCGCCGGUCCUUGCUCACGACGCUAAAGCAGGACUAUCGCAGAAGCAUUGCCAAUCCCCCACACGCGCAACUACGCCCGUCUUUCCCCGUUCAGGCUGUCGUGAAGCGAAUCGCUGCCCAGCCAGACGCACCCUCGUUGUCCUUGGCGCGGCUGUAUCAUAGCGCGCGAGUUCGAGAAUCCACCGCGUGCUGCACGCAGCUCUGACGUGGUUUGCCAACAGAGCAGUUAGAGACAAGCCCCCGUUCUAAAUCCAGUAUCUCUGCACGUUCUCAGAACAGCUAAAAAUCAUGUCGUCGACCUCUCCCUCGAAGGAACCGGAGGUGGAACCCGAAGUUCAAUCGGGUGAAGACCAGGAACAAAUGGAUAAGGACCAACAAGACACUCAGGCGCAGGGUCAGGGAGAGUUCGAGGUAAAGGAGCAGGAUAGAUGGCUGCCAAUUGCAAAUGUGGCCCGUAUCAUGAAGCUGGCUUUGCCUGAAAAUGCCAAAAUCGCAAAGGAGGCCAAGGAGUGUAUGCAAGAAUGUGUGAGCGAGUUUAUCUCAUUCAUCACUAGCGAAGCCUCCGAGAAAUGCCAGCAGGAAAAGCGCAAGACCGUCAACGGGGAGGACAUUCUAUUCGCCAUGACCUCCCUCGGGUUUGAAAACUAUGCAGAGGCCCUUAAGAUUUACCUGUCCAAGUAUCGCGAGACCCAAUCCGCAAGAGGCGAGCACCAGAACCGGCCAACAAGCAGUGGAUAUGGUGCUGGCGCGCCCGUAGGGGCCCCCGGGCCUGCCGGUCCUGGUGGCCGUCCAAUGGGACCUGGUGCAGGGUUUCCUGAUGCUGCUGAUAGCGCCAACAAUAUCAUGAACCAAAGCUUGGACCCGUCUGAGCAGGACACUUCCGCCUAUGGCUACCCCCCGAUGGUCGGCCAGCCGCACAACGGCACCACCGGUGAAUCUUAUUAGUAUGCUACUGUGCGGGAGAACCAUCCGCUGGACUUGACGACUAUCCCGCAACAAGGGUCUUCUUCGGAAUCGGACAAGCAGAGACUCGAACAUCAGCCUCCUUCACCCCUGCAGAGGCUGGAUGCCCCUCGUCUCCAGCAUGAAAGGCGGCUGGGAUCACAGGCCCAAGCGACGAACGUUUCCGGAUGUUACUCCCUGUACAGC